GGCGCCAAUCACAGGGUCCUGAGGUUGCCGGAUGUCCAGGGCAGCCGGAAGAUGGGGAGGUCUGGACCAGAAUCGACGCAAUGUGGUGCCACUAUGCACUGUUGCGUCGCAGAAGCGGCUGGGCAGCUGUCGGACCCCGAGAGGCCUGAGGCAAGGGUCGCGUUUGGCCCGGAAGGCUGGUAGGUGGUUAGUGGUCCCAGACUCCCGGAAGCGCUUCUUCUCAAUCAGGCUAUGCCACAGGAAGUUAUUACAAUCCUGUUGCAACCUCUAAAGAUGUCCCUAUUCUGCCCAGCAGCCCAACAGCCUUUUUCUGUUUUUCUCUUACUAUGACUUUCCCGUGUUACGCACCACUUCACAGCGCUCUGGGUCGUGAAGGAGCAACUCCACCAUUGCUACCCGGAGGAGUCACUGAGAGUUUGGGAGAGGGAGACGUGGAGAGGAACGCAGAGACCGAAGGGUGAGGUUUCUAGGAACAGAUUUCGAGGCUGCACCCGGUUUAGGAUGGCUGAUAUUUCUCCUCAGUCGGAGCCAGCGACACCGCAAGAAGUCAGUGGCGACUUCAAGAAGCCAUCUCUGCUGGUGCCCCCGGCGGUGCGGGAUAAAGACCCGGCUACCAAUCCCUCAGACCCUGAGGAGGUGAAGAAAGAAAGGCUCACGGCGCGGCGGGACCCCGAUUCUGGGGAGCCCGACGUCCCGCCACCUCUGCUGGACAGCGGGGACACCAGGAGUCCACAGGAGGAGCAGCCACGUCCCCCCACAGCAUCUUCUUCCCCUGGCGGUUCGGCCCGGGCUUCCCCCUACCAAGAGCCGCCAUGGGGUGGCCCAACCACGGCCCCCUACAGCCUAGAGACCCUGAAGGGCGGCACCAUCCUUGGCACCCGUAGCUUGGAAGGGACGAGUUACUGCCUUUUCGGGAGGCUGUCUAGCUGCGACGUGUGUCUGGAGCACCCUUCUGUGUCUCGUUACCAUGCUGUGCUGCAGCACAGGGCGUCCGGCCCAGACAGAGAAUGCGAGGGCCACAGGCCGGGCUUCUACCUCUACGAUCUGGGAAGCACGCAUGGCACUUUUCUCAACAAAACUCGCAUCCCACCCCGCACCUAUUGUCGGGUCCACGUCGGGCAUGUUCUUCGCUUUGGAGGCAGCACCCGGCUCUUCAUCCUGCAGGGACCAGAGGAAGACCGAGAAGCAGAAUCCGAGUUAACGGUGACGCAGUUGAAGGAACUGCGCAAGCAGCAACAAAUGUUGGAGAAGAAGAUGCUAGGAGAAGACUCAGAUGAAGAGAAGGAAAUGGAUACCACUGAAAGGAACAGAAAUACUAGUAGCCAAGAUGAUGAGAUGGGUUGCACCUGGGGAAUGGGAGAAGAUGCUGUAGAGGAAGAGGCUGAAGAGAACCCCAUUGUUUUAGAGUUUCAGCAAGAAAGGGAGGCCUUUUAUAUAAAGGAUCCAAAAAAGGCUCUCCAAGGUUUUUUUGACCGAGAAGGAGAAGAAUUAGAAUAUGAAUUUGAUGAACAGGGACAUAGCACUUGGCUCUGCAGGGUGAGAUUACCUGUGGAUGAUUCGACUGGAAAACAACUGGUGGCUGAGGCCAUUCACUCAGGAAAGAAAAAAGAGGCAAUGAUCCAGUGCUCACUGGAAGCUUGUCGGAUCCUUGAUACUUUGGGAUUGCUGCGGCAGGAAGCAGUAUCUCGGAAAAGGAAAGCCAAGAACUGGGAGGAUGAAGACUUUUAUGACAGUGAUGAUGACACAUUUCUUGAUCGAACUGGCCUGGUUGAGAAGAAGCGUCUGAACCGAAUGAAGAAGGCUGGCAAGAUUGAUGAGAAGCCAGAGACCUUUGAAUCAUUGGUUGCAAAGUUAAAUGAUGCUGAAAGGGAACUCACUGAAAUUUCUGAGAGGCUGAAAGCCUCAAGCAAAGCUCUAUCAGAAUCACCAUCUCAGGAUUCUUUAGAUGCAUUCAUGUCAGAAAUGAAAUCAGGGAGUGCUUUAGAUGGUGUGUCCCGGAAGAAACUUCACCUGAGAACUUUUGAACUGAGGAAAGAACAACAGAGACUUAAAGGGUUAAUAAAAAUUGUAAAGCCAGCAGAGAUUCCAGAACUGAAAAAGACUGAAAGUCAGACUACAGAUGGAGAAAACAAAGCUAAAAAACUCUCAUUGCCUCUCUUUGGUGCCAUGAAAGGAGGAAGCAAAUUCAAAUUAAAAACUGGAACAGUAGGGAAGUUACCCCCCAAGCGUCCAGAACUCCCUCCAACUCUAUUGAGAAUGAAGGAUGAGCCUGAAGUAGAAGAAGAGGAGGAAGAAGAAGAGGAGGAAGAGAAAGAAAAGGAGGAGCAUGAAAAGAAAAAAGUAGAGGAUGGAAGCAGUAGGCCACAGCCAGAGAUAGAGCCAGAAACAGCAGCACAGGAAACGAGGCCUCCCACGGAUCUCACACAUUCUAAAGAAACCCCAACCCACGAAAACAUGACUCAACUCAGCCAGGUGGAACAGAAUAAAGAUUAUCAAGAGAUUAGCAGAACAGCUUCAUCACUUGAGGAACCCUCAGCAUCAAAGAAUGAAUAUGAGAAAAGCAGAGAUGAAUUGAAGAAAAAGAAAGCUUCUGGUCCAGGCAAACUUCCAGCAACACUUUCUUCCAAAUAUCCUGAUGAUGACCCGGACUACUGUGUAUGGGUCCCACCUGAAGGCCAAAGUGGAGAUGGCAGAACCCACCUUAAUGACAAAUAUGGCUAUUGAUUGCUUCAGAAUCCCAAAGGAAGACCUUGUGGACCAUGCAAAUUGGGAUAUUUGGGAUAAUAUAUGAAACUGAAUGGCCAGAGAAGUGAAGAUGAUCAUUUGGAAAAUCUGGUGACUGGCCUUUUCUUCUGUGCUUUUGGCUUCCUAAAUCUAUCUGCUCAUCUGAUUCUUCUGAAUUUGAUAUUUAUGUUUAAAAGUGUUUGUAUAUGUAUGUAAAAAGGGAACCACAUAUUUUGAGAAUUAGUAAAGUGAGGGACAUGACUUCAUGAAAAUGAGAAGG